AUGUCUAUUCUUUGUACCGUUAUUCGCAUUUAUACCAAAGCGUUUCUUGUCAAGCAGUUUUCGCCGGAGGAUUGGUUAUCUUUGACUUCUUUUAUUAUCUACAUUGUUUAUUUUGGUAUUGGACAUCAUGCUUUAAUGUCUGCUUUUGGUCAGGAUAUUUGGCAAGUCAACGCAGAAGACUUGUCACAUGCCCUCAAGCUAUUCUGGAUCGAUUGCCCUUUCUACAGCCUUCUGAUGGGAAUGACCAAAGUCACCAUCAUAUUAUUCUACAUCCGACUAUGCCACGUCUACACACGAUUCUGCCAAGUCUGCUGGGCCAUCAUCAUCAUCGUGUCUCUCAACACCAUCAUUUUCAUGUUUCUCAACAUAUUCCAAUGCACGCCGAUACGCUGGAACUGGGAUCGCUUCAGCGGACACGAUGUGGAUUAUAAAUGCAUGGAUCUCAACAUGCUCCAAUGGGCGAUCAAUAUUACAAAUAUCAUUUUUGAUGUGGUGGUCUUGGCGCUCCCGAUACCACUCGUCUGGAGGAUGCGAUCGACACUACGCCGAAAAAUCGCCAUCAUCAUCAUGUUCAGCCUCGGCGUCGUCGUCCUAGUCGCCAGCUGUCUAAAAAUGCGCUACAACAUUCUCUACGGCCACUCCACCAACAUAACAUGGGAUUACAUGGACCUAAUGGUCUGGGCCGGCAUCGAAAGCUCCGUCAGCAUCGCCGCGCCCUGUCUUCCCACAGUACGAUUAUUCCUACACAAAGUGUUCCCACAAUCGUUCGGACGCAUGUUCGCUUUUGGAUCACACGCGGAUAAAACGCUCGACGACCAUAUUAAAGCAGAGGAGGAAGAAGUUGCGCAGUGGGCUGCGGAUCUGGAAAAACCUUCUGAAGCUUCGAUGGUUAAUGUUCUUGUCAGGCCGAGAAGAGCUGCGAUUAGCUUGGGUCAUGACUUUGCACCUUCGAGAGGUGGGAGGGGCGGCAGAGGAGGACGGAAAAAGCCUAUGACUGAAGCGAGUAGAAUUCUUAAAAGUGUUGAUGAGUUUGAUGAGAUACCACUGGUCAAUUAG